AAGUAUUUAAUGAGUUUGCCUUAUAAGAGACAGAAUUUGGGCGAAUUGAAAAAUAUUCAAGUUAAAAAGUUAAGAUUGUAUUAUAUUUUUUUAUUACAUAAAAUUUAGGGAAAUCAUGGCAUAUUCGAAAAAAUUAUCGUUUCAAAUUAGGGUUGGAGUAACAACUAACAAAAAAAACCUUACUCCUCCUUACGUGUGGGUUGACGGAAUUCAGCAAAGAUCUUCAUUUAUUUCUCUUCUCUUUUGUAAAAUUUAAUCGGCUGAAAUUAGGGUUGGCAUUUAAGUAUCGCAUUUCCUAUGACCUGAAAUUCCUAUCAUCAGCGAAUUAUUUGACGCCGAGCAGAAGUGUUAAACAUAGAAAGUGUAAUUGUUUGACAUUAGGAUUUAUAAGUGAAAGGAAGGCAAUGAAACUCUUUGAUGCUCAUUGUCACCUACAAGACCCAAGAAUUUUUAGCCUCGCCCCACAAUUAAUCCGAUCAUCACUUGAUUCGGGCAUUGCCCAUUUCGCGGUUAAUGGUCUUUCGGAGAAUGACUGGCAUUUGGUUAAGCAGAUGAGUGAAUCUCACCCCUCUGUAGUUCCUUGUUUUGGGGUUCAUCCAUUGUUUGUUAGUGAGAGUACAGAUCGCUGGUUUACCGUCUUGAGACAGUACUUCGACUCUACGCCCUCAGCAGCUGUUGGGGAGAUUGGAAUAGACAAAGGAUCGCGUGGUAGAGAGAUUGAUUUUAAUGUUCAAGUAGAGGUUUUUAAGAAACAGUUAGAGUUAGCAAAAGAGCUUAAAAGACCAGCUUCUGUGCAUUGUGUCCGCGCCUUUGGUGACCUUCUUGAUGUGAUGAGAGAAACCGGACCUUUUCCCGAGGGAGUCAUUCUUCAUUCUUAUUUAGGAUCUGCUGAGAUGGUUCCGGAAUUAGCAAGACUCGGAGCUUAUUUUUCGUUCUCCGGGUUUCUUAUGUCUAUGAAAUUACAAAAGGCGAAGAAGAUGUUGAAGGCGGUUCCUUGUGAUAGGAUUCUGCUCGAGACUGAUGCUCCAGAUGCUGUUCCGAAGUUGGAUUUGAAUGAUUUGUUCUUGGUGGAAGGUGAUCCUUCCCUUUCCCCUCGACUUCAAACCCUCGGAGAAAAUCCGCAUUUGAGGGCGAAGGAUGAUAUGUCUGUAGUCGAGAAAGAAGCACCGGGAUUGCCAAAAGAAAUGUUGAAUCAUCCGGCUAAUAUUCAGAAGGUAUUGACCUAUGUGGCUUCCCUGCUUGAGAUGAGUGAAGAAGAACUUGCAGAGAUCAGUUACUCGAAUGCAAUUCGGUUGUUCUGUUAUGAAGGAUCGAAAAUAUGCCAAGGUUAAUGCACUCUUUUGCUCAGGGUUGGCCCUGAGAUUUGAGAGGCUCGAUGCUAAAUAUUACUUAUGGGCCCUUAAUUACUAAAUAUACUAUUAUAGACCCAUAACUAAUAAAUAUUUAAGGGUUGUUUUUCUAAUUUUUUGGAUGACCUCGGGACACAGGCCUCUCUUGCCCCUUUAUAGGGCCGGCCCUGCUUCUGCUUGUAUUUAUACUGAGUAUAAUACAUGUAAGGAUGCUUUUAUCUUCUGUAAUGCUCUGUCUAUGAACAUAUGAUGCAUAAUCUUCACUUAAUGAACACAUCCUGAUAUAUACUCUUAUUGAUUACUA